GGCAGGUGGCGUACUUGUGGCUUGUGGUGUCUGUGAGUUUGUGUAGACUCGCAGAACGAGAAAAAUAUGGGUUAUUUGUGGUACCCGUAACUGAAGCCUUCGGUUAUUAAUGUAUCUCCGUCUUAAAAGUCUAGGAACCGCUUGUAUAUCACAACAAAUCAUGUCGCUGGUUACAAGGGCAGCAAAGGACCUUCUACGUAAUACCAUAAGCAGUGUCGGCCACCACAACAGGAUUGUGGAAGAACGUGAAAUGUGGCGACAGUGGGAUGCGGAACAGGGACUCACUAUGAUGGUGUCGGACGAAGCCAUUAAGGCACAGGCUCGGCGACGCGCGAAGCGGCUUCGCGGAGAAGGUCAGGGUGGUAGUAGUCGGUCUCCAGCGCCCCACAAGAGGCGGAGAAGACGUUCCAGUAGAAGCCAUUCCCAGAGCCCUCCUAGGUCUCCACGACUAACCACACCCCCGCUCAAGGGCAAGCGCCCAGCCAACUACUGGACUAGGCAACUCAUGGAGGCAGAGGAGAAAGACCCAGACAGGUGGGGCCACAGUGGAUUCAAAGAGCUUUAUCCAAACGACUUCAAGUCAAGUUCAUCAUCCUCUUCGUCUUCAUCGCCGUCCCCAUCACCUGAUAGGAAAAGGCGGCGAAGGAAAAAAGACCACAGCAGGCAUCGUUACAAGCAUGUCUGUAGCAAGCACAAAGCCCAGUUCCAGGACAGUGAUUCUGAGAUCUUGGAUCAAUACCUUAAAGAACGUAAGCGGAGGCGUUCCGAAAACAGGUGCCAAGGCAGCUCAAGUUCAGUACAUCCCUCCAGUGCUUCUGCCCGGCGUAGCCGCUCCCGUCACCGAAGGAGGCAUCGGCGGCACAGGCGUUCGUCUAGCAGUGGGAGUAGUGAACGCGUAGCUAGGCACAAGAGGAACGAGUCCCCAUCAUCACCUUCAUCAACCUCGGACAGCAGUAGCACGUCCACCAGGUCUGACGACUCUGAAUUGGUGUGGGAAGAGCGCAAGAUGUGAAACUGAAAGUUCUCUUUGGCAAAGAACGUGACGUGUUUAUGACAUGUUGUGGUGAAUGCUGAUUACCUUGUGCCACAAAUCUGUUGACAGUUAGAGGUUGUGCAAGAUGUCAUAUUUGCUUAUUUCACCUUCAGGAUGCAUAGUGUAAAAUGGGGAGUUUCACUAUAGUGUCAGACAACGGGACUGAUAUUAAAGUGUGCUUGCUUUUA